CAAAUAAUUUGAGCUGAUGAGUACGCUGGAGUCUAAUUCUAAGUUCUCUCUCGUAUCAUCAGGAGAACUGCAGGUCAGUCAUGUGUCCCCUCACAAGCGUGUAAUUGGUAAAGUAUUCGGUAGUAUCAACAGAAGAUGGGAGAAACACACAGUAGUCCUUACGGACACCCAACUAUAUUCUCAGGAGAAGUAUGGGAUAUUUUCGAUGCCAAUAUUUCUAGACCUCAUACAACAUAUCGACGUGGUUACUGUCUCUACAUGGGAGCCAGCCAUUAAUAGUGCAGUUCAGCUCAGAUUUACUGAUGGAAUAGUGUUAUUACAAGCAAAUGGUCCAUAUGAGCGAGAUCAGUGGUUUCAUUCUCUUCUGUGGAAAUUCAGCGUCUUAAAUCAUAAGAAGUCUUUAAAAAUGACGUCGUGUCCUGAAAUUAUAGCAAAGGAGUUAAAGUCGUUGGUCAAGAUAGCGUUAAAAAGUCAGCUGCACGAUCCCCAAGUUUGGACUGACUGCUUAGUUCUUAUAUCUAACCAGCUUAAUCACACGAAUUCGUUGCCCCCCAACGCCCUAGAAGAAAUAAUAGAGGCACUGGGGCCUGCCCUUAUCCAACUUAACCCUCCCACUCCAGAAUUAUGUGACUUUUUUAGUAGGUAUUGCAGAGAUGGCCCAUGUGCAGCGACGGCUGUUGUGGUUUUUGCUCCCGGCGUUCACAGCAUCCUCAAACACAAUGUGGACUUUGGAAAAUAUACCUAUAUCAGAACCUUUGCUAGGGACUUCAUCAUAGCCCUGGCAUCGCAAGACGCCUGCCCAGAGAGCCUGCCCUGUUUCGUUCACACGAUGCACUCCCCCGGUGCAAGGUGUCCCCACCCCAGAGUUCUGCCUAAUCUUAUGGCUGUGUUCCUUGCAGCAAUAUGGUCAGCUUUCGACACCAAAUGUUCAUAUAGGCGUAACUCCAGCGUGAAUUUGUUACUGGGCAGCAACAGAACAGAAAUAACUAACAACAAACUACCAAAAGAAAAAGUUACCAGCUGUUUUAUGAAGAUGAUAGAAUUAUGUGCUACGCAUGAAGACUGGGUGAAAGAGAUGGCGCCCCUCCUUCACCCCAUACCAUUCCCAGAAGAAGCUUUGAAGUUCCCACCUUUCGUAAUGGGAAUGGUUAGCGUUCUCAAGCGCUUCGCCGGCGACCAACGGCCUGAGGUGAGGGAAUGCUUGUUCCCAAUGAGAGAGGGUAAGGAGAGCUGGAUACAACUCAUCGCCCCCGAUCACAACUGCUGUCCCGAUGACGGCAAGACGUUCUGCGACAUCGUGCGAACGUUGCUGGAACGUGCCCCAGUUCGACGGAAACUAGUCCGUCAGCUGGCACACUCGUGUCUAGAUGCCUUCAGACUUAUGGUUAUACGGGGAGAUGACUUCUUUGUCAGGAUGCUGUCUGAGAUGCUGGAGUCAGAUGUGAUUGAAGAUAAAGAGCAGAAGGAGCAAGUGUUGUCCACACUGUGCAGCAAUCCAGAUGGAGCGAGGCUGUAUAGAGCCAUGUGUGACAGACAAGCAGCACUUUGUAACCUGGCCCAACUGGGAGGACCCACCAAACUUACCAUGCCGGCCCACAGCACUGAUACAGAUGUAGAGAAAGUUCUAAGUUCCGGACCGUUUGGUAACUUGGAGAAGUUAUCUUUGGCGUUCACAUGCGUUACCAGCGACUGCGCGCGACACCUCGUCAAACUACCCAACCUCCAACAUCUCAAUUUGUGGUGCACUCAAUUCGGUGAUACUGGACUGUGUCUGUUAGCAGAACACUGUCACCGACUCAAGAGUCUGAACUUGUGUGAGACGCUGGUAACGGAUGAAGGACUACUGGCUCUGACUGAGUUAAAGACGCUUACCUGCCUUAACCUAAACUCGACCAAACUGUCAGCUCAAGUAUUCGAAGAGUUGGUUAACAAAUUGCCCUCCCUAGCCAGCUAUGAUAUCAGAUACACUGAAGCUUGUCAAAACAAGGACGGUACGUACAUCAGAGAAGGGAAACCCGUACAAAACGGCGCUUCUAAAAGUCUUCAAGCGGAAAUGUUUGAUAACAGGAAAGGUGUGGUAGAUGGUCCGUUCCUCAAAUACAGUCCUGUUCCGGACCGAAAACACGAUGAGGGUGAUAAAGAUGAACAGGACGAUACAGAUUUCUCCACGCAUCUCGUCAAAUCUGUCGUGAAGAGCAGUAUCCUUGCUUUUUCCCUCCAGGACGUUCCAGAUAACGAACUUGCGAUGUCUCAAUCCCAUCACUCGCAGUGGAACGGCAAGAACAUUCCUACUUUUACCCUCAAUAAUAACGGUAUGAUGAGCUCACAAAGCACGCUUCUCACAACCCGAAGACAAUCAACACCUGCAGCAUUUCUUAGUGCGACUCGAGAGUUCCUCUUUAGGGAUCUAGGAUCGAAUCGUAAAAUGGGAAACAAAAGCGCUCAGAAAGCGGCAGGGGACAGCAAACAGUGAACUAGUAUCUGCCCAUCUAAUGGAAGUUAUUGAGAAUAUAGAAACGCCACAUUAAUGACUUGACAUAGGGGAAAGUGUUCUUGUGUUAUUGAUAUCAUGCGUUGCCUCGUGACAAGACGGCACUUUGCUGUAAAAAGUGGAAUCUUCUUUGAAUUUGACGUUUUUAAUCAUCAGAGAAAGGAUGCAUCUGCGGCACCGUGUGCGUUUCUGAACUGCUGCAAUCGAUCCGGAGAAAAGCGGAUCAGCUUGUAACUCUUUAAAACGUAACCUGUGAGGGUGAUAAUGAUGAUGGCCCUCGGAGUAAUGUGUGAUUACGCUCUUUACUUUCAACCACCGGUCUUUCUAGCUAUGACGUCUAGCUACCCUACUUUUGUCUCAUUACAGACUCAACUACCUCGCAAUACUACAGUUAAGCACUCACCGCGCAGCGGUGAUUAUAUGUCGGAAAUGGAAGGUAUCAUGUCAGUGUUAUUUGAUUAAUUUUGUUGCUUUUUAUGUCUCCUAUCUUAUCCAGUUUUGUGUGAAAGUUGAUACUUGUCAGUUGAACCAUGACUGCCAUGUCUCGAAGUAAUUACGACACGUGACUAGGUUUUGUGUACAUGGACCUUCAGUUAAUUCAAACACCAUCCAUGAGAGAUCAGGCAAAAUUCGCGAAACUCGGAUAAUAUUAAUAAAUGAGUAUGUUUCAUAUAUCGUGCUUUACGGAUGCUUAUUUUAUUGAUUCGGAGUGUUUUUAGAUCUUUGUAUCGCAACCAAUCUGCAUUGAUCGAUAUUUGAAAAAUGUCGUUUGAUUUUAUUUUUCUAUGUUUUAAUAUAUUAUCGUGGUUGACAAAAUAUUUCGAUUCAGUUUUAAAUUAAUAUUUGGUUGAUUAAUUCUCAUUUAUAGAAUUGUGUACAGAAAAGUGCUUCCAAACCGAAAAGUGAGGAUAUGAAGUUUAGCAAGGCUAUUUAUCAUUUCAUUUUACAAUUGAUUCUUUGAGUUUCUCCUUUAAUCUAACUAUUUCUUGAUUUUUCAUAAUUACAAUUACAUUAACAGCAGUUAUUUCAUUUCACAAAUCAAACUGGCAUACCUUCGGCUUUAGACUUGUAGAUCCAUGCAUAUAAUACUUGUAAGGGAAGAUAAUAAUAUGCUUGAUCGCUGUAUCGAUCGAUUACGACUCGGUAUUAUCAAGCGUUUUAAAAGAUCAGCCGGGCCGCUGCCGACGUUUGAGAGAAAAUUAAAAAUGUGUAGUGGAUUUGUCUUCUCUUGGACCAUUUUCAAAGUGACAGUUUUAGGAACUAUUUGACAGAUAGCGGUAUAGUAUUUCAAUAGUUCAUUAAAGUAUUCGGCUUGGAGUUUUGUUUCUUUCAAAAUAUUUCGAUAGUAAGUUGGAAGUUGUUAUUUAUUGUACCUUUAUGUAUUUAAUAUCUUUUGAUGCAGUAAUCAGUAUCUAA